UGUUAGUUCAAUUCUGUUGCCUCAAACUCCAACCACUUUUCAAAAAACUCUUUCUUUCUUCUUCAUAUUUCUCAUACUUUUAUUUUUCAUCUCUUCUUCUUUAUAAAAUCCACACAUUUCUUUAUCCACACCCAUAAGCUCUUUCAGCUCUUCCCAACAAAUUUCCCUUUUCCUAAAACAAAGCAAUGGCUUCCAAUGUCACCAUUUACAAUGAUGUUUUUGGUUCAGAUCAUGGGAGUUUCCUAACCCUUUGCUUGAAUACGCCUCCCAAGAUUAAUUCCGAUGGCAUUUGGGAAUUUGUUUUUGGGGCUGCUCGUAAACUUAGGUUUUCUCCUCUUCCAUUGUUGGAGUUUCAAAUGCUGCUUAUUUUCUUUGUCAAUAUCAUCCUCCAUUCCUUCCUUCGCCUCUUUGGUCUCCCUCUUUUUGUCUCUCAAAUAAUUACUGGCUUGAUACUUGGAUCAUCAUGGAGGGGAAGUUUUGAGUCAUUUGACAACUUCAAAGAUGGUGUAUUUGCCACUGCAUCACAAGAAAUAGUGGGUUUGCUGGCAGGAUUUGGGUACACACUUUUUGUGUUUCUUAUUGGAGUUAGGAUGGAUUUAAGUGUGGUUAAAAGAUCAGGAAGGCAAUCUUUGAUAGGUGGUAUUUUAUCAAUAGUUAUUCCUGCAAUACUUGGCUUCGUUGACAGCAUUUGGUUUAUCAAGAUUUAG